AACGAGCAGGAGUCCGGCCGGGAAAACAGGAGCCGGACUCGCAACUCGCUCACCGUAAGCGGAGGGCUGAGACCCUUUCCUUGCGCUGGUGCGACUGUGCCUCGCUUUCCUACCAGCAAAGCCUGUGAGUUUGGGAGAAUUCAGCAAGUCCUUACUUGUGGGAGCUUGCAGACAGCACCGCAGAAACGCCUCUAAGUAAAGAAGGCUGUGACCUGUGUACGUCCGUCUUCCUAAAAUGGCUCUGAAAUGGAGCCGAUGCCUCCCCUUUUUCCAGCAGCAACCUCUGGAAAUGAUUCUACUAUGAAACACUGCCUCUGAGAUGAUUUCUGUAUGCUUCAUUCGGGAAAAAAAAAUCGGAUAAUAAUUUACAAAUCACAAGUGCAAGGGAGAAAUAGGUAGAUGUUGUGGUCUUUUUUUCCUGCUUGGACUUAGGAACUCUGAAUGAAGUCCUCCCAGUAAUGAGCUUAGCUUGAAAUGAAGCGGAUCUGCGCUUUGAGAGAGGUUCUGGAGCGUGAACUGAGAGUGCCUAGUUUGUGCUGUUCUCAUGCAAACAGCAAUUCCAGGAAGAUGUUUUCCUUCAUUAAGGAAAAUACUCGAAGACAGUAAGGCUAUGCCAUGAGAACUGAAUUAAAUAACACUGGAAGCAGAAACCUAACAUGGAUCACUUGCCUUUUUUCCCCCCCCCACUAUUGCAGAUGUUUCUAAGAUAUAAAUACCUGAACCGUGUUCCUUUUUUUUUGUUAAAAACGUCUGCUUUUUUAUAUUAUUUGCAGUGUUGCUGAAUUUUAGUCAUCCUGGAUGACUAAAAUCAUCACUGGAUUAUACACACAAUCUACCACCUCCACUUUUAAAAUAACUGAUUCUUUUUAAAAUAUACCUUAUAGGCAUUUUCAGAAAAGAGAAGAUGCAGCAUAUGCAGACAUUGUUCCCAGCUGAAUGACUGUGUCAGAGAAUUAAAACAAAGUAUAACUGAAGUUGUCUCCUAUCACUAAGGUAUUGCUGAAAUCCUAAUGAACCGACCCCACGCAAGAAAUUCAUUGGGAAAAGUAUUUGUAAAUGAACUGUUCAGUGCUCUGGAACAUCUCCGCUUCGACGAGAAGGUUCGUGUGGUGGUGUUCAAAAGUGAAGUUAAAGGUGUAUUUUGUGCUGGUGCAGACUUAAAGGAACGCGAAAAGAUGGAUGAUGCAGAAGUCGGGCUCUUUGUUAAAAGGCUGAGAAAUCUCAUGGAUGAAAUAGCUGCACUGCCUGUACCCACAAUUGCUGCAAUAGAUGGCUACGCUUUGGGUGGGGGACUGGAACUGGCGUUGGCUUGUGACCUUCGAGUAGCAGCUUCAUCAGCUAAAAUGGGCCUCAUUGAGACCACAAGAGGGCUUCUUCCUGGAGCAGGUGGAACCCAGCGCUUGCCCAGAUGUGUUGGAGUAGGUCUUGCAAAGGAACUCAUUUUCACGGGUAGACAGAUUGAUGGACAAGAGGCCUUCUCAAUGGGAUUAGUAAACCACACAGUGCAACAGAACGAUGAGGGAGAUGCAGCUUACCAGAGAGCAUUAACUUUGGCUAAAGAAAUCCUUCCUCAGGCUCCAAUUGCUGUGAAAAUGGGAAAAUUGGCAAUAAACAGAGGAAUAGAGGUUGACAUCGCAUCAGGGAUGGCUAUCGAGGGGAUGUGUUAUGCCCAGAAUAUUCCCACACGAGACCGUCAGGAAGGGAUGGCUGCCUUCAGGGAGAAAAGACCACCUCGGUUUAUUGGCAAAUAACGCUUCCUAGCUUCCCCUUGUUUUUUUUGAAGGUAGCUUGGGCGUGAAGAGGAGCCACUAAUUUUUUUGGAAUUAUUUUUAUGACUGCAUACAUACUUAGCUCUUUACCAUGGACUACAUUUCUGAAUACUCCACUGGAUCUCUUGUUGUUGCAAGGAUUCCCAAAUAAAAGAGAUUUAACUUUGUAAAGCUGAUCUUUUUAGAGAGGGUACAAAUCUUUUCUUUCCUUGUUGUUCUGAAUCCAGAACAAAUUGACAAUAGAGAAAUAGGUCCAGCACAAAAUGAACAAAUAGUCUCAGUUCACUAACUGAUCAUUAACUCCGAGACUGGACUGUCCAGAAGGGCCCUCAAGCUACAGGUAGACCUGAUUCAUCUAGCUUCUGUCCUAGUUCUCAUGCCUGUCACUUAAUUCUCCUCCUGUGGUUUGCUAGAUGGCAGCACAAGAAUGUGUAUGUGGGGAGGAGCAGGGUUGCUAUUUUCAGGGGCAGCACAGACUUAUGCCAGCCGGGACAAUGUAACCUGAUGGAUUGUUUCCAGGCAGCCAGCGCUGACAAAUGCUGGAUUACAAACAGCCGUCUGGUGUUUGCUGCAAAUGAAAGAAUUUAGAAUUCUAUUUCUAAACUUCUACCUAACAGUGCAGAGAGGUAGCUGGAGUCUAAACAUCUGAACCCAACUUCCUCAAGAAACCGGGGCUGAAAUUUUAGGAACCUAAAGGAUGCACUAGCAGUGCCUUUCUCCGUGUCAGCAACAGUAAAUUUGCAGGCAUGGCCUUCUUAAGACGAGAUCCUGCAAGCAACACAGUACGAGAUAUUGCCAUAACAGCUUGUGAACGAUUACAGCAGCCACAUAUGUGAUUGUACUUGCACCUAUUCAUUUAGUAUGGCUUGUGACAGGUUUAGGUCUUCCAUAGUACAAUGUAUAUGAAUCUAUGCUAUCUAGUAUCUCAGCAGUUAUUACCUGGGCAUCAGGAUCACUCUGGACAUUUUCUUUGAUGUUACGUAAAUAUGGCAGUCCACCUCCUUCAGUUAACGUGCUGGCAGCUGAAGUACAAAGGAAAAGUUUAUCUUCAGGAAACUUGCUGAGAUGGCAGAAGAAAACAAAUACAAAAACAAAAAACUGGGUCAGAAGAAGGCUAUAGGAGAAGUGGUUGGGAAUUUUCUUCCCUCACAGUUUAUCACUGAGCAGCUCUGCUGGGAUAGAAGAAUAAGCAGCAAAACUCAGGGGAGCAAAACCAAUGCAGCAGGCAUUCUAAUUCACUCAUAACUUUGUACACAUCUCAGCCAUGGGACUUUAUUAUAAAGAAAGAUUAUAAACUGAUUCCUUGAGUUCAUAAAUGAUUCUUAGAAUGGAACACAGAAGUGUCAAAAGAAACAGACUAUAAAGCAAUCAUGGACUGGUGACAUAGAUAAAAUCCUCAUUUUUAAAUUACAUGAAAGCUUUUUGUUGGUGCUGUGGGGAACCCAACUUUUCUAGCUGCCCGUAAACUAUUACAGCCUUACUCACAGUAAAUAUCUUAGAUCCUAAACGCACUUUAAAAACAAAAUCCUUUAAGUUGGAUCUAGAACAACGGCGUUUUGUUGGGUUGGCUGAAAUGUCAGCAGCUAAAGAAAUUGCAGUCUAGACCAGCAGUCUGUCCUGAACUGAGAUUAUAGUUUAAUUCUUGAUUAUGUAUAAUACAGGGAAAACGUUUGAGAUACGAAACAUCACAGCUACUGAUUCUAAAGCAACUGUUUUACAAUGAAAUCCUGCUGUCUGAAGUAAUCAGUCAGCUACUUGAUGGGCAAUGAAGGUUCCCCAUGGGGAAAGAAAAGUCUUUCAAGGAAAGCGUUCCACCUCUCACUACAAAACUUCUGCAAGUCAGCAGUCAAGGCUCUCAAACAGAUGUCAAGUAAAGUGUAAGGAUAAGCUUUGACUUGUCAUAUGCACAUUUGAAAAAUCAAAAAGCUAAAAAGGAUUACUAAACACUAGGUCAGCUUAGUGUUAAUAAUAUGCUUUAAUUGUUCCCAUCCUUGAUGGGAAUUUAUCCUAGUAGCUAAAGUAUUAUAAAAGUCAUUCAGAGGACAACCUUCUAAGAACCAGGCCUCAGAGAGCAAGGACUGGACCUACAAACAUGCUACAUCUCAACGUGAAUAGGAAAAGAGUGCUAGGAAGAGAAACCUAUCUCAUGAUUUACCAAGAGAUAAAACCUUUCUAAGACAGUCCGCUGUUACUCUGCCAGGUAAUCUGUCCGACAGAACAAGCAGAAUUAGCAGAGCAGUGGUCUUUCAUCCCUAUGAUUGUUACGAACAGAGGAAAACAGAAUCAUCGCUCCAGUCAACUAAACUUACAUCCGUUUGGUGUCAGCAGCUGACAACUCACAAAACACGUGUGCCCACACGUGCAUACGUGGCCUCUGGCUCAGACUCGCCUGCUGUUUCAGGAUCGUGCAUUAUCCCUGGGGCACAGGGACUGAUCUGCAGGCAGCCAGAACGACCCUGCUUUCCACUGGGAACCAAAAAAACCAGUCCGGGGCAGCGUCCCACAGCCACAGCCCCCACCCUCCUUCUCCCCCACCAGCACCAUGGCCACCCUGGCAGGCAGUAGCAGCACUGCUCUACUGGUGAGAGCGGGGAGAAACGGUGCAGUCCAGAUCCACUUUUCUGGAGCAAAAGUGCAACAGAUCAGAACGAAGCUGCUGGCCCGACUGCAGCACCCACCCCGGCCGCUGUCUAUCUGACCAACCCUGGCUGCAGCUGCUGGGGCAGUCCCACUUCCAUCCUUUGCAGAAAUACGUGCCACCUCUCAGCACCUGUGCACAUUUUCAAACAUUUCAACAAAUAUGGAACCUUCUCUUCCCAGCAAGCAUUUCCCUUUGGAGCCUGACUAGAAGCUGAAGUUAUUUUCUCUGUAUUAGAAGCUCUUUCCCCAGCACUGCAGGCUUAGGUGGUACCGUCCCUUCCUUUGCAGGCCUGCACCCAUACAGCAAGUGAAGCACCAGAGCUGGAGAAAUGCAUUUUUAGUAAAUGAACUAGGUUAUCAAAAGAUGCUUAUGAAAUAUAACUUAACCACACUGGAAUGGGCAGUCACUUCAUACCGUGUUAAGCCUUUAGGCGAAAGCCAAGUACACUAGUCCACCGAGUUAAUUCAACUGCAAGUAAGAUAAGGCAGUUGGAGUAACUUCAGCAGUUUAUGCAUUUACAAGAAGUUUCUUAUAUAAAAGGCUGCAGAGGUAAAGCAGAGACAUGUAAGAUCUUUGGCCUUCAUAAAAAGAUGACAAAUGCAGCUAGAGAAAUACCAAAUACAGAGUUUUAAAACUGCUUCCACAAGCGUUCUACCCUGGCAGGGACUACUGUAACGGCAGACGUGAGUAAACUGUGUUAUCUCACUACAUGUGCACCUUGUAGCCCCGUUCAUACUUUUCAGCUUAAAAGAAUUCUGCUCGCUGUCUGUUGGCCCAGAGUACAUGGGAACAAAACAAGAAGGGUAUGAAAAAAAAAAAAAA